AUGUCUGCUACCGUUGAAGAGAUCGCCGACUCGGUUCAGGACCUCAACGUCCAGGAGUUUGACUCGGACGAUGCGGGCGCUGACGUCCACGCCUCGGACAAGGUCGCCUCGCGCGCCGAGCGCAAGUCGCGCAAGGCUCUCCAGGGUAUCGGCCUCAAGAAGGUCGGUGGCAUCACCCGUGUCACCAUGCGCCGCCCCCGUGGUCACCUCUACGUGAUCGCCCAGCCCGAGGUGUACAAGUCGUCGCACUCGGACGUGUACAUUGUCUUCGGCGAGGCCAAGGCCGAGGACAUGUCGCAGCUCGCCCAGGCGCAGGCUGCUCAGCAGAUGGCUCAGGCCGAGGCGCAGGAGCGUCUGCUCGCCGAGUCGCUGCAAACCUCGCAGGCCGGUGGCGCUGCCGAGGCCAAGGCUGAAGAGGAGGAGGAGGACGACGACUCGCCCAUCGACGAGGAGGGCGUCGACGCCAAGGACAUCGACCUCGUCAUGCAGCAGGUGAGCUGCUCGCGCAGGAAGGCGGUCAAGGCGCUCAAGGAGUCCAACGGCGACCUCAUCAACGCCAUCAUGAACGCCAGCUAA